GACUGAAAUGGAAUACGUAAAAAAAGCUGUUAGUACUAUAAAGGACGAAAUAAAUUUAUACGAAAAAAUACGAAAAAAAUUAGAAGUACUGAAUGGGGUAGGACAUAAUGAAAUCUUAAGAACGGAUCCAAUUUAUGCGGACGCUUUACAAUUGACAGUAGCUAUUUGCAUACCUAAGCCCUGCUCAAUAAGACAAGCGUUACCAAAUGUCUUAGGAACUACGAUGAUCAAUUUUGAGCAACGAUUCUGCCGAUUCAGAAACGACAAACCUUGGGCACCGGGAGUUUAUGUGGCUAUUGUCAUCUUUAGUUUGAUUGGUUUGCUGGCGGUUCUUAGUACAAGCUACGAUAUCUGGAAUACGUUUAUCCGUAAACGAGACCCCAAAUCUCUCAGUGCGAUUUGUCAGUCGUUCUCAGUGUACACAAAUGCUCGCCGUCUCAUCACAUAUAAACCAGUUCGCGGUGCUUUAGAAUGUGUCGACGGUAUCAGAGCAAUAUCUAUGGCUUGGAUAGUAAUCGGGCACACAUUUAGUUCUAAUUUACCUUUUAUAAAUAACUUGGACCUUUUCGAGUGGGUUUUGGCAUUUCGUUCAAUUUGGGUGACAGCAGGCCAAAUUGGUGUCGACACUUUCUUCGUACUAAGUGGUUUGCUAAUCGUCUACACUACUGUUGGAAAAAUCAGCAGUAUGAAAUUAUUAAAAAACCUACACUUGUUUUACCUCAAUCGACUUCUACGAAUGUUUCCUCUACUAGCCACGACCAUAUUGCUGCAAGUCGGUGUACUCCAUUAUAUUCAUGACGGUCCAGUGUGGGGUAUAGUUGCUGCCAUGACUGAAGAAUGUAGAAUAACUUGGUGGGCAACAUUGAUAUACGUGCAAAAUUUUAUGCAACCGAUGUGUUUAGCCCAUUCCUGGUACUUGGCAAUCGACAUGCAACUACACAUUCUGUCUCCACUGAUUUUAUUCUGGGUUUUGUCAGGCAAAAGGAAAGUUGCUUGGUCGGCUUUGAUAGCUGCAUUACUAAUUUCUAUCACUGCGUCGUCAAUUUACAACUUCUUGAAUAAUUUCACUGGGACAACUAUACAACCUAUAUUGAGCUUAGAAGAAAAUAUAAGGUACAUGAGAUACUAUUACCUAAAUACAUUGACAAGAUGUUCACCUUUCUUUAUUGGUAUGUGCUUCGGAUAUUUGAUCCAUUUUUGGCGAGAAAAGAAUAUUCAAUUGUCAAGGAUCAUGAAUUACGUAUUAUGGAUUGUUAACUUGGGAGUGCUAUGGUUGGCAUUGUACGCGAUUACGCCGAUGAAGAAUGCUGACUUUCAUAAUCAAACUUAUGACAACUUUGUAAACUCCUUCAUGCGACCAGCGUGGGCCCUUGGAAUUGGCUGGCUUAUUCUUGCUUGUGCAGAGGGUUAUGGAGGCCCGAUCAACUGGCUCCUGUCAUUGCGAAUGUGGAAAUUGCCCUCACGGCUUUCGUACGCGAUAUAUUUAUUCCAUUUUCCCAUACAAUACGUCAUAAGCGGAGCAAUUUCGCAACACCUUUACUUUUCUGUGUUGAAUGUAGUGUACAUGUUUUGCGGCCGCUUUGUAAUAUAUUUCAUAGUCAGCUUUGUUUUUACAAUUCUGGUGGAUUCGCCAUGUGCCAAUAUUGUCAAGAUUGUCUUAGGAAGCGGGAUCAAAAAAUCUGAUAAAGAGCAGUGAAGAAACGAAAGAAACCUCUGAAAAUCAACUAAUGACUAAGCAGCAAAAGUAACAACCAAUGAAUGACACAUAUAUAACACAAUAACAAUAAGGCACAACUUGAAAUUCUUUGAAUAUUAAAUUUUAUUUCAAAGGGGUGGACGGCGGCGUUUUUCAUCCGAGUAAUUCAUAACACAGUGUGUCAAAACUGACGUUUCUGCUAUAUUGUUACAUUUUUUAAAUUACAUGCCUUUUUAGACAGAGACAGUGCUAUAUUAUUUGUAUAAAGCUUAUUUCCAUCGUUUUUGUUUGCAUAAAUUAAAAAGUUAUAAUAAUUGAGUAUGUGACUGUCACAAUUUGCAAUUGGUUAUUCGUUCCUAAGUAUGACGACAAGGACCACUUUGUCGAUGCAUAAAUU